CCUUCUCUCCUUACCCCGCCCCCCACCGGGGUAUUUCUGGCUCCCAGAGGGGCAGACAGCCCUGAAACCUGAGCAGAAGCCAUCCCCGGUGCCACGCCUGGAGAGGGGCAUUAAUAGCAGCCUUCCUCAGGCCCCUGACACGUCUGGGCAGCUGCUCAGCACGUCCCGCGUCCCUCAGCCCCAAGGCCAGCCCACUCUGGCUCAGCCAGGCACACUAAACUUAGUGGCCACUCCCAACUCGACAACCACCGCCACCCCCCAACUCGGCUGUCACCUGCCCGAGGAGACGCAGCCGCCGGACCCUGCCCAGGGCACCUACGCCUCGGCGACCACCAUGUCCCAGACCAAAACGCUGAAGGUCCGCGUGACCCUCUUCUGCAUCCUGGCAGGCAUCGUGCUGGCCAUGACGGCCGUGGUAACCGACCACUGGGCUGUGCUGAGCCCCCACAUGGAGCACCACAACACCACCUGCGAGGCGGCCCACUUCGGCCUCUGGCGGAUUUGUACCAAGCGCAUCCCCAUGGACGACAGCAAGACCUGCGGGCCCAUCACCCUGCCCGGGGGUAACGUACCCACCCUCCGUCCCGAUCCCCACCUCCCGCCCUUCCCCGUCGUCCCCUGGACAAAUUUGCCCAUGCCAAGGAAGGCAGGUUUCUCAGCUCAGACCCUGUCAGAGUUACAAAGCAUUUCCUCACCCUGUAAUUUAAGCGUAUUCCUCGAUUUCCUACCAUGUGACCGAACCACAUGUCGAAGAUCAUUUCUAUCCAAGCAGCCAGCAGCCACACAGAGCCUGGCGUUUAUCUGGUGGGGGUUUGGCGAGCCAAAUGCUACCUGUGCGGGAGUCACCUCAGCAACCCACCGGGUGCAAACAGCCGUGCUCCAGCAAAGCACUCCGUGGCCCUCAUCUCAGGGUCCUCCGCUGGGAAGGAUUUUAACUGACGGCUUUCGAGCAGCAGACCACCCGCUGCCCCAGUGCCUCCUGCCCUGUCACUCGAGGAAAGUUUCUGCUCUGGAAAGGCCUCCAGCCACUUGCCUCUCGCCUCUGCCCCCGGGAAGGACUUGGCCCCUGGGGCUGUCGGCUUUCUCGUGUGUGAGAUGGGAACUGUGGUGUAUGGGGUGGUCCCUAACCAGCCACCAUGAGAGCUCCUGGACUGAGGCUGCAUGCCGGGUGUCCCUUGUGUUUGCAGAGUACAGCAUCUCGGCAGCCGCCAUCGCCAUCUUCAGCCUUGGCUUCGUCAUCCUGGGCAGCCUCUGUGUCCUCCUGUCCUUCGGGAAGAAGAGGGACUACCUGCUGCGGCCCGCGUCCAUGUUCUACGCUUUUGCAGGUCUCUGCAUCCUGGUCUCGGUAGAGGUCAUGCGGCAGUCGGUGAAGCGCAUGAUUGACAGUGAGGACACCGUCUGGAUCGAGUACUAUUACUCCUGGUCCUUCGCCUGCGCCUGUGCUGCCUUCGUCCUCCUCUUCCUUGGUGGUCUCGCCCUCCUGCUGUUCUCCCUGCCUCGAAUGCCUCGGAACCCAUGGGAGUCCUGCAUGGAUGCUGAGCCUGAGCACUAGCCCUCCUGUGGCCCUAGCAACCCUCAGGCUGCUUCUCCAGGAAGCCAGGUCUCAGCCUGGAACCUUCCAGAGGGGAGGCGGGAGCAAUUUUAGCUCCACCCUGCUCCCAUCUGCCCACUGCCACAGUCGCAGGCUGCCUCCUCUCUCUGAGCUCCUCUGGGCUGCCACAGGCUUCCCUGGGAAUAGAGCAAGAGGAUGUCAGUCUCAAUCUGGCCACAGUUGGGAAAGGCAGGGCCAGCAGGUGGACAGGUGUUUGCAAGGGCCACACUUCCCCUGGAGCUCAGAGGUGUCCCCACUGUACCAGCCUCUGAUAAGCUGUCUCCAGUUGUCCUUUAUGAACAUUGCAGGGACAACCUGUGUUUGCCAGUUCUUGGUGUUCCGUGUAAAUAGCCAGCCCCUCCCUUUCUCAGUGAUAAAACACACCCUCUCUGGUGAGCGCAGCGUCCCCUCCUUGGCUUCCAGGAGCCCUGGGAAGCAUUUUUAACUGAGUAGAAUCUGUCUGUGCCUUGAAAUAAAAAGCUCUCAGAAAA